CACAGCACCCGCCUGUCCACCAAUACAGGUAAGAGGGGACUGCCACACCACCAGAGAACUGAGAGGAGGACAGAAACAGAGGUGGGGCAGCUGACGAAGACAGAGCCAGGCUGAAAGCCAAACCCAGAAAGCACCAGGAACCAUGUCCCAGGCUGCCAAGGCUUCAGCCACCACAGCGGUGAACCCAGGGCCUGAUGGCAAGGGAAAAGGGGCCCCAUCCACAGGGCCAGCCCCUGCCCCUGGCCCCACUCCUGUCCCAGCUUCUGUGCCCAGGCCCGCUGCCAAAGUAGGGGACCUGCCUCCUGGGAGCUACAGGCUGAUCGUCUUCGAGCAGGAAAACUUUCAGGGCCGCCGGGUGGAAUUCUCGGGGGAGUGCCUGAAUCUGGGGGACCGUGGCUUCGACAGAGUGCGCAGCCUGAUCGUCGUCUCGGGACCCUGGGUGGCCUUUGAGCAAUCUGCCUUCCGUGGAGAGAUGUUUGUCCUGGAGAAGGGCGAGUACCCACGCUGGGACACCUGGACCAGCAGUUACCGCAGUGACCGGCUCAUGUCCUUCCGGCCCAUCAGGAUGGAUUCCCAGGAACAUAAGAUCUGCCUGUUCGAAGGGGCCAACUUCAAGGGCAACACCAUGGAGAUCCAAGAGGAUGAUGUGCCCAGCCUCUGGGUUUAUGGCUUCUGUGACCGUGUGGGCAGCAUAACCGUCUCUGGUGGCACAUGGGUCGGCUACCAGUACCCAGGUUACCGUGGCUACCAGUAUCUGCUGGAGCCUGGCGACUUCCGGCACUGGAACGAGUGGGGCGCCUUCCAGCCGCAGAUGCAGGCUGUGCGGCGCCUGCGGGACCGCCAGUGGCACCAAGAGGGCUGCUUCCCGGUGCUGACAGCCGAGCCCCCCAAGUGAGACAAGCUCCCGGCCUCCCUUCUACAGCCCGCCCUGCCUCACGUCCCAUCUUCCCCUACUAAUAAAGUUCUUAUAGCCGAUACUA